UCACCAUAAACAGCAACGGUGCCCUGCGAUCUCAUGAGAGACACACGACUGUUGUCGUUUGGACCGCCGCAUGUCCUCGCCGAGGCCGCGAUAUUAUAUUUUAUCCGCCUUCGGCCCCUUUUCCCCUCUCGAAUUCCAACAAAUCUUCUCCGCAGAAACCCCGAUCCCCGUCCUAAUUUUGCGCCCGCCCUUGAUCCCGUCUUCUGCUGAGAAACCAUCGCCGUGGCCGCAUGUGCAUCGAGCUUGCUUGCGGGCGGAGGCCGCAGGGCGGUCAAAGCAGACCGUGGACUCGGGGCUUUGGGGCUGGGGCUUGGGCCUGGGGCUUGAGACCUGGAACUUGGAGCUUACGUCCAGUCAGUCGAAGGAGGGAGGGAGGGAGGCUUCGGCGGCCGGGAGCGCGGGCAUCGGAGCAGCACAAGCCGGCGCUGGCACCGUUGGGGAAGGCAAAGCCCCGAAGCAGCGAAGGGGUCCGUCUUCGGCUUCGGCAGCAGGCACACAACCGAGGCUGGGCUCGCUUUUGAAUCGCCCGCGAAGCUCGCGAUGGCGCUGUUGCACAAGACCGAUCAUGCCCCGGCCUUCGGAGGAGGGGGGCCGAGGUCGGCCCUGUCAGUCACUCUCUCAAGUCUCGAAAUCGAAUAUGUUCUCCCCAAUUCGAUGUUGUCGGUAGUUAGCGAGCUCUCUGCGACUCUGAACUUUUCUGCUUGAGCGAGCGAGCGAGCGCGCGCGCGAGUGUGCGCACUGUGCCGCGACAUCCGAGGCUCGCAUCCAUCUGCCGGGCCUGCCCUGCCCUGCCCUGCUCUGCUCUGCUCGAAUUCAUCGUACACCUGAAAUAGGAACAUUUUCUCAUCGCCACUCCGAAAUAGCAAGCUAGGGCUAGCGGGUCCAGGCUCGCGAGCGAUAUUUGCCGGCCCUUUGGUGAUUCAAUAAGCCCCUCCUGCCACAUAAUUUCGGCCCCGGGAAUAAAACUAAGCCCCGCUCUCUGGAAACAGCACCUCCCGGAGACCGGGACUGCCGACGGGGUUGGGUUCGCCCAUUAACAGGCCCCUAAUUAACCCCCCGCUUAACCACGGCCGUGGUUGGCCCGCUGGCUGGCUGGCUGGCCGGCCUAUCCGCCCAAGUUUAGACAUUUGGUCGUCGGUCCAUGCAGGAAUCCCCCCUUCCGCAGCUCGAGUCCCAACAGCAUAUUAUCGCCAUCACUCGGGGGCUAAUAUUUAUCCAGAUUCGCACCUAACAUUAUCGACGAUUCUUGCGCUGGUUUAGAACCUCGAGACCUCUGCAUUGUCCCAUAUCGUGGACUUAUCUGGCCUUUCUUGCUCCGGAAGCCGGCUGAGCAUCUUGUCUUGGAAUCUCGUGCCAUUAUCGCUAAGCAUGAGUCCGUGCUGGAGAUAACUACGAGAGCGUUCUCUGGUCUCUGCGCUCGAUCGCCCGCAUCCUACCGCCCUGACCGACGCCCAUCUCUCCCCCACCCCCCCCCAGCGUUCCAGCAAGGGCUUCCGGUGGAGUGCGCUUCUCGACAUCCUCCGAAUCCCUCCCCCACCCCCAACCCCAACCCCAAACCCCGCUCCUCUGCUGUCCAUCGUUCCCCAACACAAUUCCAGCCUGAACUGAGGCCUAACUCAACUCGCAUGCUUAUGUGUCCCCAACCCUUCGCGUCAGCCAUCUUCCCCACCGGUCACCACACUAACCCAUCGUUCCGACCGACGAGCAAGGCCGACCGCCCUCUGAGGUUCGAACCCAACCGAUCGAUCUCCCGAGACAGCCCCGACUCAGCUCAACCACGUCCGAUGUACAUCGGCGAUUGAAGUUCCCAAUUCCGACGGGGAAGUCGAAUUAGCGGCCACCACGCAUAUUUAAUUGCACGGGCGAUCAGAUUAAUCAUACUUCGUGAGGUGACAAUUCAUUCAUCCCGUAGUAACUCUCGGAACUUUGAACUCGAAGUGAUUCUCUUUAAUCAACUCGCUACCUGUCCAGACAAUCGGAUUUGGCUUCGAAAUUAUCACUAAUUAAAGUAAAAGUGAUAAGUGCUUAAAUAAGGUGUACGGAAAUUAUCUAAAUAUGAUUCGGUGGAAUCAGUCCUGUACUGUGGGAUUUUCGAAUUCAGUAAUCUCCGGGUCAAAACCGGCCAUAUCCAGUCAGCGAUUUCCUUCACAUCACAGUCGGCAUUGUUCUACCGAGUACAGGAUGAGUGGACAGUUUCAGAGCCCCGAAAAUAGUUUGUAAUAAUUAUACCUCCGUUAGCGUUAAUUUUGCUCUGACCUGAGAAAACUGCCAUGUGUGUAACCCGGUGGUUAAGUUAACAUCGGAAAUGUAUUACUGUACUGACACCCACAAGGGUGUGCCUACUCGUUCCGGAGGUCACAGUGCACAUCGAAUAAUUCCGUAAAUUUGUUGGUUGUGUUGAAAUGGUGUAGAUUUUAGUCUCUGGCUGCGGC